AUGUAUUGUCGUUGCUCUCUUCUUCUCGCUGUUCUGAGUAGCUGCAUUAGUCAGCUUGCUUCUGCAAGAUCCUCCGGUUCCCAGGUGCUCGCAUAUACCGUACCUGCUGACUUCCCAACAAGCCUCUUUCCGUCCUACUAUGUUCCGCCUUCGCCUACUCAACAACCACAACCAAUCAUUCACGACACGGCAUUGAAUUAUACCUACCCUCUUGCCUUGACAGAUCCGUACAACAUUCCCCAAGAAGAUGACGAUCGAAUUUACUAUCCCGCCCCGCUGUAUAAUGUGUCAAACGGGAGUGCUAUUGCUGCACACGCCAUCAAGCAAGUGCAAUCAAUCAUCGCUGGAAGCGGGUCGAACUGUACGAAAUGCAUUUCAGCGUUGAAAGUGGGCCAAUAUGUAGCCCAACGAGUGCCAUCGGUGCUUCCGGACUUGCUGGUCAGGCUUUGCCAGAGUACUAACUUCAGUUCCAAUACAACCUGCCAACAAAACUAUGAAGCAACGACAUUCGGUGCUGUCUGGACUCAGGUCCUCGCGCUGGCCGAUGUUGCCCGGUUAGAUGGCCAGUAUAUCUGUAACUCGAUCUCGAGCUCUUUCUGUCCAAUGCCCUCAACUCUCCCGUCGAACACCACGGGUUACUUUGGACCAAAACCAGCACAUGUAAAAGUAACCAAACCAAGCGGCAAGCGUGUGAAGGUUUUGCAUAUGAGUGAUCUGCACAUUGGCCCUCGAUAUGCUGUCGGGGCUGAGGCCAGUUGUUCCAGAGGACCUUGCUGUCGUGCCAAUGUAGGAAGCACUUCUGGAAAGAUUGCACUCCCCGCAGCGCUUUAUGGGUCAUUCAAGUGCGACAGCCCUUACUUCCUUUUGACUUCCGCUUUGGAGUCCCUCGCCCCAUUGACCGGAACUAGCCACAAAAACCACUCCCAUGGCGAGCAGUUCGCGUGGACUAUCUAUACCGGUGAUGUAGUGUCUCAUGACAGCCAAAACCAAUUGUCCCGGAAUUACACCAUGUAUUCCGAGUGGUCCAUCUAUCAUAUGCUCAAGGCCUAUAUUCCCAGUGGGCCAAUCUUCCCAGUGCUGGGAAAUCAUGACAGCAAUCCCGAGGCCAUUGAUGCACCACACUCGCUGCCAGGAAACCUUGGUCAACAACAGUCCUGGAAUUACGACCAUGUUGCCUCGCUCUGGCAACAAAAUAACUGGAUCACUCCUGCGGCAGCCAAUGAAGCUCGCAUGCAUUAUGCUGCUUACAGCAUCAAUCAUCCUGCAUAUCCCAAGCUGAGAAUCAUUACCCUCAAUACUGAUUUCUUCUACAAGUCAAACUUCUUCAACUACAUCAAUACUACGAAUCCGGAUAACAGCGGAAAUCUCAAAUUCCUCGCCGACGAGCUUCAAGAUGCAGAGAAUAAGGGAGAACGAGCUUGGGUCCUAGGACACGUCCUGACAGGAUGGGAUGGUUCAAACCCUCUGCCCAACCCGACUGAUCUUUUCUACCAAAUUAUCGACCGCUACUCUCCACACGUCAUUGCCGGUGUCUUCUUCGGUCACACCCACGAGGAUCAAUUCAUGAUCUACUAUGCCAACAACGGCACAGUCCAAGAUGCCGCUCAUGCUCUGAACGUGGGCUGGAUUGGUCCUAGUGUGGUACCACUCACCAACCUCAACAGCGGCUACCGCGUGUAUGAAGUUGACACUGGUGAUUUCAGCGUCUACGACGCCUACACAUAUUACACUAAUGUCAGUGCCUUCGGGAGCCUCAAUACUAGCGAAACUGGCCCAGUCUGGAAAUUCGAGUACUCCACCCGCGAUGCUUAUCCGAUCGGAUGGCCAAAAACUGCCCCGUUGAAUGCCACUUACUGGCACAAGAUCACCGAGGCUAUGUCGGCCAAUCAUAGCCUUGUCAGCCAGUUCAACACCUUACAAGGCAAGAUGAGUGUCCAGACUCCUAAUUGUACCAACACGGCCUGUGCUCUAGCCAAGAUCUGUUACAUGCGUAGCGGAAGCGUGGCUCUCGGGAAGCAAUGUCCUCAAGGAUUCAACUCAGUCCAGGGUCCUUUCACCGGCAAGAACUUCUAG